AUGUCAUAUCAAAAAAAAAAUAUAAAUAGAGAAGAAAUUCUGGAAGCUAUGGAGUUUUUCAGAUGCUUUCUAGCCAUAACUUUCCUGUGCUUGGUUUCCGCCGGAAUACGAUCGGAAGAGCAGCGUGAGAAAGAAGUAUCAGUGCAAAGCGAGUGUAAUAUAAAUGAAAAAGAUGACGAAGAACUUUCCAUUGAGACAAUAUUAGAGGUAAUAAAGGGUCAUAUACGUAAGAGUUAUCAGUUACUCAGGGAUACCUAUGAAUUGUGUGAGCGUUUGAAGCUUUAUCCCGAAGACAGUACAACGGAAAUGCCUACAAAUAAUACAACAAGAUUGCUUCUCAGUUUGCAUCAGGUUGGUAAUAAAUUAUCAGGAAGCUCAUGCUAUAGGAGGUAA